CUUGCAUUCCCAAAAUUUAGUCUUACAGCAACACUUGCCAGUGUCGGGGCGGCGAGUAUCCCCAGUGCUGGACUGGUCACCAUGUUACUCAUUCUGACAGCCGUUGGACUUCCUACUCAAGAUAUCAGUCUGCUAGUGGCUGUUGACUGGCUUCUGGAUCGUUUCCGUACCUCAGUUAAUGUGGUUGGAGACUCAUAUGGGGCUGGCAUCGUCUACCAUCUGUCCAAGGCAGAGCUGGAUGCUCUGGACGCCCAACAUGCGAAAUCUGAUGACAUAGAGAUGAUGACCAAGACCCAGUCCUACUAUGAUGACCUCAAAAACCAUCAUGAAAACAACUCCAACCAGUGCGUCUAUGCUGCUCAAAAUUCUGUCUUAUUAGAUGAUUGCAAGGUAACCUUGGCAGCCACAAAUGGCUCAACUGCGGAGUACACACUCGUUGAGGAAGAACCUUGGAAAAACAAUUAAUGCAAGCACACAGACCCCGGCACCCCAAGAGAGAGAGAAAAAAGCAACCUAUAUUCAUGCACAUAGAACAAAUGGGUUUUGUAGUUUAUUUCUAUGGUUUCUAUUCUUUUCUAACAUGUUUAACAAUAUUAUAUUGUCUCAUG